AUUUUCUUGUGUUGGGGUUUGGCUCUCUCUCUCUAUAUAUUGUUAAACCCUAGCCGCUUCGUUUGUAUUCGUUCCUUUCAGCUUUGAUCUCAACCCCUUCUCUCCUCUCUCUCAGUUUUUUUUGUAGACCUAACAGAGAUUACAAAUGGCUUUUUCUGGUAAACUUGGUGGCCUUCUUAGGCAGACCAUUUCUCAGAAUAUACAGUCACCAAUGGCAUCUAUGCUUAAUUCUGUUCGUUGCAUGUCAUCAAAGCUUUUUGUAGGAGGUCUUUCAUAUGGAACUGAUGACCAAUCUCUAAGAGAUGCAUUUUCUGGCUUUGGUGAUGUUACUGAAGCUAGAGUUAUAUGCGACCGAGAAUCCGGUAGGUCAAGGGGAUUUGGUUUCGUUAGCUUCUCCAGCGACGAUUCAGCAAGCUCAGCAUUGUCUUCCAUGGACGGUCAGGCUUUACAAGGAAGAAACAUCCGUGUAACGUAUGCAACCGAACGAUCCGGCCCUCGUACUGGUGGUGGCGGUGGAUACGGUGGUGGUGGCGGCGGUGGUGGUUACCGUGGUGGAAAUUCUAGGGAAGACGACUUUUAAAAAGCUUUGCUUCGGGUGUGGUCGUGCCGACUAGUUACCGGCUUUAAUAGUUUAUUAGGUUUCAAAGGUUUGAUGAUUAAUUAGCUGAACUGUGGAAUGUUUAUGUUUACUUUAUACUAAGUUUUUGCCUGUGACUUGUUAUAUAUUGUGCCAUUUAGCAUAUAUUGUGCCAUUACAGCCAAGUCAAUGAGGAUUCAUUUGUUUUUGUU